GUUUCAACCGGAAGCUGGAAGGUGACAAUAACAACAAUGUUACAGGAGUAAAGGGGUGUGCUCAUGCCGCUUGCUAGUUUGUUAUUGUCAUACUUGUUGCUUUUCUACCAGUUUCUGCCAGAAGGCCAACACUUGUGUAGGCUAUCAUUUACUAAAAAAGUAGGAAACAAAUCAUUUCACUUUUUGGCGGUUAGGGUACGUGCCAGUAGCCUACCCCUCCAGUCUCCAGAUCUUUCCGUCAGGUUUUGUUGGGCCGGCGGUACCUCAGUCAGCAUAUCAGUGCUCAGGUUUUAAAGGCCAGGUUGCACAGUCUUUGUACAAACUUUUCGUAAAGCUUAAAAUGGCUGACGUCAAGGAUGUUAGCAGACAGAAGAAAUAUUAUGUCAAGUUCACCAAAGCCCCUUUUGAGGAAGACACAACCCAUGAAUUCAAAGGACAUAGAAAUCUGAGCAAAGAUGACAUGCCUUGGUGGUCGAUGGAUAAAAAACAUGAAAAGGGGAGUCGCAAGUCUGUGUCCAGGAAUCUCUGCGGCUUUCUCAACACUGGGAUGGGUGGGACAGUGUAUUGUGGUAUUGUGGACAACGGCGAAAUCCAUGGACUGAAACUGACACAAUAUCAGAGAGAUCACAUUGUGGGAGCCAUGCAUGACCUCAUGUCCCGCUACUCCCCACCAGUAGAUCAGCGACGAUACAAGGUGAAGUUUGUACCCGUGCUUGGUGCUUCCCUCACAGAGGAGGAGAGACUGGAGAUGUCCAAAUUCGAUACCAAGGAGGUGGUGAAUGAGGAGGAACGCAAACAGCCGCACAAGUACAGGACCCCUCACUAUUGCUGGUGUGACAAAGACAUGAUGGCCCAGUUUGAACAUGGUAUACUCAUCUCUGACUACGUCAUCGAGUACAAAAUCUUGCCUUGGGAACCAGACGGGGAGGCCACGGGAGGUCUGGGUUCCCUCCUCAACCUCCACCCUAUCCACGCAGACGAGGAGGGGAAGAUCUACUUCCGGCGUCAAGCAAGUCUGAUUCAGUACACCACCUCGGAAAUAGCUAACCUGUCAAGGUAUGAAUCAAACAACAGAUGUCAGAACAUUGUAGACGGGCUGAAAAAAGAGAUCGCCCGAAGGAAGUCUUCCAUUGCACUCAAAGAGAUGGAACCAAAGUCUCCCCAUUCCAAAUCAUCUUCCAGCUCCUCAGUUGGCUCUUAGUGAUUAUGAUGUGUGAUAGAAAACUGAACUGAAAGCAGUAUUAUUAAAAUGUUGAAAAGAGUACAAAGCCAUAUUUGUAGGCUGUAUGAGACUUAACAAAUCUUCUAUUUAAAAAAAAAAUGUUACGAGGUGGAAAAUUGUUGACUGAUGUCUGUUGUGCAAUGGCUUGGCUUUUUCCCCAUUCUAUUACGCAAAAGGUGUGAGGUCGAUUCCCACAUACAGAAGGCGAUAUUAAUUAUGGAGUAUCUCCAGCUUUCUGUUGGAGUGUUGUAUCCCACUCAGCUCGGGAUGACCUUGACAGGCAGGUUCAAAGUACUCUGGCUCCUGAAUGAUGUUUAUCGUGUGUGUCAGUGGAUAAGUAAAGCAUUUAGAGUCAAGAGAAUAAUCCUGCCAAACAAAGAACAUGUCUUGAUAGUGGCUGUCUUUGGAGGCACCUUGAAGGUUUCUUUAUGCCCUUUCUUCAGUGCCUGAUUAUACAUGUACCACUCAGGUAUACCUGUUAUAUGGUUGAUGAGCACGCAGACAAAUUUGUUUUAAAAUUCCAUGUGUGUCAAUAGUACGAGUACAGUCAAUAUUCUUUUCUAAUGUGUUCAUUCAUAUGCUUUUAUACUACUGAUUUUUGUGCUGCAGUCACCUUAUUGUGCUCUGCACUGCACUUGUGCUUUAAUAUACCUUACUUUUGCCAUUUUAAAAGAUUGAAAGUUUGCAAUUUGUAUAGCUUUGAAUUCUUUUCCAUUUCAAAGUUGAUGUAUUUGAUGAUUGAAAGAGUGUGGAUGGAAUGACCCCUCUAUAUAGUUCAAAGAUGAGUGAGGGAGAGUAAAGAGCAGUCGUGCAUAUUGUUCAUUUUUUCUCUUUUUGAAGGCGUAUGUGGUCAAAGUAGGCCUAUGUCUUUUAUUAUUUUACAUUAAUGUACAUUUUAUUUGAAAUGUCCAGUGGAUGUAAAAUUCCUACCUGUGUCUUUUUGGAACUGGUGGACCACCUGGAAACAGUUUUAGGGACUUAUGGCUUGCACUUUCUGGUUUGGGUAGUCCUCUGCCUUUCGCCAUUUUGGGCUACACAUUUGGGCAAGAAAGCUAGUUUGUAUUUUGUAUUUUAUAUUCUUUCAGUUAUUUGAGUUAUAAGGCGAAAUCUACUCUGUUGCUUGGUGCUAAUUUUGAAUACUUUCUUCAUAAUGCCAUGGAUACUUAUUCUGCGUAUAUGUAUUAUGUUUUCCAAUUUGUAUACAGGAUACAUGUGGAAAUAAUUCGUAGGCAAUUUUUUUUUUUUACAACCCUUCCCCUCUCUAACAAAAUAAGGCCCUAUCUUUUGCCUGGUACUGCAAAAAUAAUUUUCCCAGGGGAAAAAAAACAAACAAAACAAUGUACUUUUUAGCUUUCUGGUCUGUUGGAAACAUGUUUAACAUGUUACGAUAAAACUUGAAGAUGAUAAUGUUGCUGCUAUGGCAAUGUAAAUAGCGGUCGGUUCUUGGAUAGACGGAUGGAUGGAUGGGUGGAUAGAUAGAGAAUUGGACAGACAAAUAGAUAGAAAGGCAGUUAAAUAGAUAGACUGGCAGGUAGAGGAGAAGGUAAUAAAUAGAUGUGUAGGUAGGUAGGCAGAUACAUAGAUAGAGUUGUUGAUGGGUUGGUAAAUAGCUUAGUUUGUAUUACAUUGUAUAGACAUAGAUAGGUUGAUGGAUGAUGGAUAAAAAGGUAAGGAGUAGUUGGUAUAUACUUAUGUGUCUGUCUUUGUAUCUCAGAGUGUUUUUUUUCUUCAAUGAAUGACAUUUCCUCUAUGCAUGCUUUUGGCUUUUUGAAAUUUGAUUGAAUCUUACUUGAAUUAAGAAUCUCCCACCGGCUGAUAAAACAGAUUAAUAUGUAAAUAUAAGAUUUUAGGUUACAAGAGAUACUGUGUUUCCAUAUAUCUGUACAGCUGAGCAUUCCGAUGUGUUUUGUGACACACUUAAAUGUUGACAAGUUUUGUUGAAUAAAUACACAUUAUAUAAGACUCA